AUGCAUCAACACAUUCAGAUAUCAUCACAUCGAUUUCCGCCUCACUAUCCACGCCUUCUUUUCGAGACAUUUGAGCAAAUGCCCUCGGUGCGGGAUAUUACGAAAAGUCCAAGAAACGACCUCGUUGUUGGUGAAAAGGGCGAUAAGACUCUCGAAACUCUCGAAACCAUCCGUGCGUUUAUCAUCAAUCAAAUCGAUGCUCUUGGAAACGAAUUGCUUGAAUGCAUGCAAACUGCUGCUUUUACAAACGACGAAGGGUAUUGCUCGUCUACGUUUCGCGCGGCGUUAUCGAAAGCGGAGAAAGAGAUAAAACUUCUUGACUCGUAUUUUUUAACUGCCAUCGGACUGGCAGCGAAGACAACAACGAAAGUCGGAGAUAUUACAAAGGCGUGUGGGCUGAAAUUCGAGUCGAUACUGUCCGUGGUAAGCGAGUGUCACGUGGUUAUUAGAGAUGGUUUAAACGCAACCUCUGGGAAAGAGAAUACGUGGGUGCCGCCGAGCACUUUCGAAAGAAAAACGACCAAAUAUUGGAUUCCUCGCGAUAAGAUUGUAUCGUUGCAGCUUGCGAUCAUCAAGCACCUUCCGAUUCUCAACUAUACCGGCGAAGACUCCGCGAGCGAUGAUGAAGACAGCGACGAAAAUUUUACCGAUCGAGACGUGAAGAAGAUCACUUCGGUUUAUUUCGAUAGCCCAGACUUGCGCGUCUAUUACGAAAGGCUCAAUCGAUUACAAGGCGCUCGCCUCGUUCGAUGUAGGUGGUACGGAAGUAAAGUGUUCCCCAAGCGUAACGACAACGACAUCGUGUUUUUUGAGCGCAAAACGCAUCACGAAUCUUGGUCGCUCGAAAACUCGGUCAAGGAGAGAUUUUCGCUUCCACGAGAGCAAGCGCUUGAAUUUUACGAAAGCGCUCGAAACGACGGCGAUCUUCUCCUCCCAGGUAACGAUCGACAAAACGCACUCGCAAGCGAAGUUUUCGAGAAUGAAUUUAAAGAUAAAUCGCUUUCGCCCGCUAUUCGUACUUCGUAUCGAAGAACUGCAUUUCAAAACACUGAUAACAACGAGAUUCGUAUUUCGCUCGAUACUGAUUUGACAUGGUCCGACGAGAUAUCGAAUACAAAGUUUUGGAUUGAAGAAGACGCCACCAAAAAUACGCAGAAAACUAACAAGUUCCCGUUCGCCGUUCUCGAAGUCAAGCUUCAAGUCGAAGAGACGCCCGAAUGGGUCGAGAACAUUUUGCGCGAAAUCAACGCCACGGAGGUUUGGAAGUUCUCAAAGUUUCUUCACGGAACGUGUGUCAUUCGCGGCAAUCAAAUUUCGCGUUUCCCGCAUUGGUGGGACUUCACGGCUGAUAACUCCGGCAUCGCUACUUAUGGCACCAUCGAACCGAACGCGAAGAAAAAUAUGAGCGAGACUGCGAGAAAUACAACGCCGAAAUCUACAACGCAUACGACGACAUCGAUUCAAAUAACGUCCACAAACUCUCACACCACGAGAUCGGGAACCGGUAACCGCGAUUUCGCGCACGUCCUUGCAUCUGCAAUGUCGAUGCUUCGAUUUCGAAACAACUCGAGAACCCGCGGAAACGAUGAUAUCGAAAGUCAACGGAGAGAGGGAGUUGCGCCUCCGCCGUCGUCGUCGUCUUCUCAAAAAGGUGGUGGAAGAUACACACCGAUAAAAAUCGAACCGAAAACAUUCUUCGCGAACGAGCGCACGUUGCUGCAGUGGCUAUCAAUGUCAACGUUGCUUCUUUUUCUAUCGCUGGGUUUACUUGCGUUUGAGGCUGGUUCUCCCUCGGAUACGAUUAAUCUCUUUCGUGGGCAAAAUACCGGCGUCAUCACGGAAGGAGAAACGGUAAAGAUCAAGCGAAAAAUCACAGCUGCGGAUACGUGUGGGCUCGCGCUCGCGCCGGUUGCUAUCUUGUUCAUGAUUUACGCGCUCGUUACUUAUCUAGUUCGUGCGAAACGAAUCGCGAGGCGAGAACCGUCGACUCGAUACGAUGAUGUUCUCGGACCUUUUGCGUUGGUAUCCGUUCUCGUCAUCGUCUCAAUCGCGUCGAUUAUUCUCGUAGCGAAGCAACUCUCGUGGGAAUAA